GGAGGCUCGUUUUCAGAGCACAUGAUUGUGUUAACGCUGGGGUUCCACUAUAGGGCUCUGAUUCCGGUCCGAGGCUGAGAAUAAAGAGACAACAAAGAGUUUACAUCCACUGAAGGGACCAGGAUCGUUCUAACUGUUUUUAGUUCUUAGUGGUUUUAUAUCUGAGGAAAAAACAAAGAAAAUAGUGCUCUCCGCGCGUAAGAGAAAAAGUUCACCAUAAUGGACAUGCAUUGAGCGGCUUCGGAGCAUCACAAACUCUGACAUUUUCAGCCUACUCAGGAGUUUGUUCGGGAUCUAAGAGAGAUUUAUAACUUUUGUUUUAAUUCCCGCUGUGACGGUGAGGCUCGGAGGAGAGCGGAGAAAUCGUCUUGGGAAAAGCCGGAGGAGUGCGCACGGCUCGGCGCUGCACUGACCAGAAGACAGGACACGGGAGCAAGGUUAUGAUGCAACUGAGCUGAACAUGGACUUUUUCUGGAUUUUGUUAUUUUGCUGCAUUUGCUCACAUGCCUGGGCACAAGGAGUUUAUGCCCCUGCCAAUGCCCAGAUCGUGCACUCAGGCGCAGCUUGUAACGUCAAGGAUGAUAACAUCAGUGAGAGGAUCUACACCAUCAAAGAAGGAGACACACUAGUGCUUCAGUGCAUAGUCAAAGGACACCCGCGGCCACAGGUUCGGUGGACAAAGACAGCUGGCAGUGCUUCAGACAAGUUCCAGGAGACAUCCAUCUACAACGAGACGCUGCGGAUCGAGGGCAUCCAGAGGGUGCAGGGCGGCCGCUACUACUGCAAGGCCGACAACGGGGUGGGGGUGGCUGCCAUCAAGUCCAUCCGUGUAGAUGUGCAGUAUCUUGACACACCUGUCCUGACAGUGCACCAGACCAUCAGUGAUGUGCGGGGCAGUUAUUACCAGGAGAAAACUGUGUUUUUGCGUUGCACCGUCAACUCUAACCCUCCUGCGCGCUUCAUCUGGAAACGAGGCAGCAUGCUUAUUGAGCAAAGCAAGGACAAUGGAGUGGACAUCUACGAGCCCUUAUACACACAGGGAGAAACUAAAGUCCUGAAGCUCAAGAACCUUCGGCCCAAGGACUUUGCUGACUACACCUGCCAAGUGUCUGUGAGGAAUGUGUGCAACAUUGAAGAUCGCUCUGUUACCUUCCGCCUCACUAAUGCUACAACUCCUCCAAUGAUCCGCAUGUCUGUGAAUGACACAGUGGUGGUGGACCCUGGGCAGGACGUCAUCAUCACCUGUGAGGUGACAGCGGGCUUCCCCCCUCCCACAGUAACAUGGUCUCGCUCACCGGGACCCCUCCCCCUUAGUGCCCAGGUCAGAGGUCAAACUCUGAUCCUGAGGGCUGUUACCCCAGCAGAUGCGGGCUUCUACAACUGUUCAGCUGUCAACAAUGUGGGAAACCCAGCACGCAAGAAUGUCCAACUGGUUGUUAGAUCAAUGAGCAACUUAACCUUCCAGAUCACGCCUGACACUAGCAAAGACGGGGAGUCGAUUCAGAUGACCCGUGACCUGAAGCUCUCGUGCCACGUGGACGCCACUCCCCAGGACAAGGUCAACUACACCUGGUACAAGAACGGAGCUCCCAUCUUUAACUCAGAAAGUUUGUCUCUGCUCAAAUCUGACCCCGACAUGGCCCCAGGCACCAGCAGUCUGGAGAUCUUUGAAAUGAAGUUCAGAGACCUUGCCAUUUACAGCUGUGUGGCCAACUUUCCCGGCAGCCGAGUGCCUGAGCUCCGAGUGGACAUGAAUAUCUCGCAGAACAGUGUGACUCCUCCUAUCCUGUCUCUGCCCCCUGGUGGACAGGUGGUGAGCGUGCGAGAAGGUGGUAACACCGACCUGGUGUGUUUGGUGGAUGGAAAGCCUCCUCCUCCGAUCUUGUGGUCCCGCAUGGAGAAGGACCUGCUGAUGCCCAAUGGGAGGCCUCAAAUGGAGACCAUGGAUGGGCGCCUGAGGCUGAGGAACGUGAGCAGAGACCUGAUGGGAGUGUACCGCUGCCAGACUGCGCCCUACAACGGACUCAACAUCAAGAAACGAGAGAUGAAUGUGCAGCUCAAUGUUCAGUAUCCCCCAAUCUUAGAUCCUGUAUAUCAAGACGUACGCUCUAGGAAUUACCAGAUGGUCACCCUGAGAUGCAACGUCCUGCGCGCAAACCCUCCUCGCCUCACUGAUAUCCGCUGGUUCCGCAAUGGGGACUUCAUCCGGAUGCCCAUGCCGGACCUAAAGGAAACCCCAGAACUCAAAUUAAAGCUUGAACCUACCAACAAUGGGUCCUAUGAGUGCAGAGUAAGCAACAGCGCCGGAACAUCCACAUGCACUUUUAAUGUCUCUGCACAGCCUUAUAACGCAGAGUUCUACUUCGACACACCAAAUCCAGUGCGAAUUCUUAAAGGAAACAACUAUUCCUACAAUCUGCAGUGGACACAGAAAGAUCCUGAGGCCACGGACAGCAUCAUUGGCUACUGGAUAAAUGUUCGCAAGAACAAGCAGAACCUGCUGUCCACACAGAUUAAUCUCAAAGGUAAAGAGCCAGAGAAGGGUGUGCUGCUGUCCUACACCAUCACAGACCUGAGGAUCCCUCUGUCCUACGAGGUCCGUCUGGCCCCCAUCACCACCUACAGCACGGGGGACUACGUCAGCCGCAUCAUUCAGUAUUCAGAACCCUACACAUACCCCAGACCUUCAGAUCACGUUUGUGGUUUCGAGGACGGGCGCAUAUGUGGCUUCUCUCAGGACCGCGGCGAUGUGUUUGAUUGGACGAGACAGAAUCACCUGACACAGAAUCCUAAACGUUCAGCCAAUACUGGCCCAGAGACUGACCGCAGUGGAACAAAAGAGGGUUACUACAUGUACAUUGAAGCGUCGCGCCCCAGAGUACAAGGGGACAGAGCCCGUCUUCUGUCACCACUUUUUAAUGUAACCUCUGUCAGGGGCCCCAAGGGGUCUGGCCGCGUCCCAUACUGCGUGUCCUUCUACUACCACAUGAAGGGCAAACACAUAGGAACUCUGAAUGUUCUGUUGAGAGUCCGCAGCAUCGCGUCUGUGGACACUGUUCUAUGGUCCAAAUCUGGUCACCAAGGCCCAGACUGGAAGAAAGCCUUCUUUGACCUCAGCCCCAGUGGACCUUUUCAGAUUGUGUUUGAAGGCAUCCGUGGUCCCAGUUUUGAGGGCGACAUUGCCAUUGACGAUGUGUCCAUUACCCUGGGGAAGUGCAAACAGGAGAACACUGUAGCCAGCGCAGUUCUGAUUGGUGGAUCUGCCUCUCUCCCAUUGGCCAGCUGGCUGACCUUUGGCCUUACCUGCCUCCUGUCGCUUCUCUUCAGAUGAUGAGCACUGGUUUCCACUGACAAUAUGAACAAGGACUGUCUUUCCCUCCUCCACCUGCUCUCCUCUAUCUAAUCAUAUGCUGUACCCCUCAUGUACCUCUGGCCUCUCAUAGCACACUAUCAUACUUAAUAAGUCUGUCUUUUCUGUCUUCUCUUUUCCCAAACGCACUUAUAACUGUAUUUAGGUGAGCAUCUUAAUGAUCUUCAGAACUUCAUAAUGUCUUCAUAUAACCUUAUUAGAUUCAGCCAUGUCAGCGUCUCACUUUCCAUACAAUUAACCUUCCCACAUGCACUUUGUCUUGUCUCCAUCUACGCCCCAUCCCAAAUUCCCCAAUCCCAAGUCCUGUUCCAAAGACACACCAAAGUGUCGGACACUCUACCAAAGAUGACUAUGGACCUUGAAGGACUAAAAGAAUGAUGAAUGAAAAGAAACGCUGGGAAUCUUUUUCAAGGACACUGUUUCCUAUUUUUGUUGGAAAUCACUUAUGGACUACAAGAAAUGAAAGGACAAAUUCAGAAAAUGAGGAAACAAGAAAGCAAGAGAGUGCCAAGCCCACUUUUUGCUUGCUACAAGAGACAAACCUCAGCGCGGAUAUACGUGUACAUUUAUCUAUAUAUACCUAUAUAUAAUGAAAUAUAAUGAGAGUUUAAACAGCAACAUGACUGGGACAGUGCAGGACGUUAAGUCUAUUUGAAAAAGCACAAUGUUUAUACAACCUCUGCUGGUCAUUUGAGUUCCAUCCUACUAAAUAUGUAAUGUUGAUUUGACAUAUUCAGUGUUUUUGAUAUUUUAUUUUAGAUUUAUAUUCAAAUUGGUUAAAAAAUGAUUACUGUAUUUUAUGGUAUGAAAGGGAAGUGAAGAAUUGUGCACUUUGGCAACAAACAACCAAUACUCUGUAUCCUCAAUAACUUCUCAGUAAGACCUCAGUACAUGCCUCAUCCUCUCUUUGCCAACAACUACUAAUGGACGCCAUAUUGUCUAAGUGCAUAAAAUAAUAGUUUGGGGCUGCUUUUUGAUCCAACCAUUUUUCUACUUGAUGACAGUA